UCACAUGUCGCUGGGCCACAGGAUGCGGGAUAUGAGGUGGCAGGCGUGCGUCAAUCUCGUAGACUGCAUGGUGAGCCAGCAGCAGAGCAUGGUGACCUUAAUGCAGCAGGCCGCCGCGUGCACUGUCGCCCAAAGGACUACGGCAGCCGCGACCUUGGAGGACAUAGCGAAGCACCAGGCGAUGAUGGUCGAGGGCAAGGGCACAGGAAAGAAUUCUGAGGAUCCGAUCGCGGGGCUUACCAUGGGAAGUGCUCUUGGGACGGGGAAGAAGAGAGAAAGCACGAAUUUCUCUGGCAUCCAUGUGAUUGCGUCGAAUGGCAUCUCGGCGACGUGCAUCGUUUUCCAGCUGUUGAGAUACCUCACGGUGCUUGUAAACAGGGAUUCAUCGCCGCAGAUUGGCGAAGAUUACUUCAUUAUUCUGGAGGAAGUGCUUUCAGUGUCCAGGCGCCCGGGUUGGGAACAUUCGCCCCUCAGCGUUCUCUCUGUAGAAACGCGCGCCAAGCCAUUGACCACCCUGGGCUGGGGCGAAGCGAGCUUGGCGAAAAAGCAUAUACGGGUUGCUCAUUCGAUGUACUUGGAAGUUGGAGACGCACACCAAGAGCAAUACCGCUUGAAGAUGAGGCAAGGCUACUCGGAUCAAGGCACUGAGCGACAGCUCUGGAAGUGCCCAAACAUCUUUGGCGUUGGCAACGGCCAGACUGCGCAGAUUAUCGAGCGGCUCGCGUCAGGAGAUUUGCAGUUGCAUGACCUUGAUGCGGAGAAGGGGAUGAUGUGGCCCAAAGCUUGGGAUACGCCUGGACAUCUACAUAUGCUCUUUGGCGCGCUGAAGAAAGGCUGCCUCGCCAUGCCGCAGUGGAUGGACCUCGAAGCUGGUUUCCGUGGGCUUGGAACGUUCAUGAGCAAGCGAGGUCUCCGAAAGAGGCUCGUCAACAAAUGCUUCCAGGACCGCACCACCGAUGCUGCUAUAUUUUCCAAGUGGACGGGUGGGAACUUUUCUUGGAGGUGGGAGAAGCUAUAUGUGUUCUUGCUGCAGCUACGCCCUCGGAUCAAGAUACUCAUCGAGGUUUGGGACCCAGAGGUGAUGUCACAGCAGGAGCGUGAGCAUGACGAUGACGAAGAAUCCAAAGGCAUCUUGCGCCGCGUCACUGCAGCACUAGCCAUUCCUGGCCUGCCGAUCGUGAUCGAGCUCCUCUGGGUGAAGGUGCGGUCGAUCUACAUCGAGGGACGCUGGCUGGAGGGGUGCCGAUGCCAUAGUCGAUUGCGUCGACCAGUUCACCAUGGUCUACCAGAUAACCGUUCAGAUGAGCAUGAGGGCUCUGCGCGGUGCCCAUGGAAAGGGCGCCGCGCCGUGGAGCUCGCUAUGGGUCAUGCGGAAACAUCUCGGCGCAUGCUCGUGGAGGCGACGUCGGAAGAUCUGACUCGCAUGCUGAAUUCUUGUGAUGAACCCUCUCGAGCUGCGUACCUCCAGGGCAACGAUAUCUUGGUCAGCACUAUCUCGGACGAGCUGGCUGCGAAGUUCGCGUACGCAAACGAGUACCCCGUCAAGUUUUUGAAGGUUAUGUGCAGCUACUUUGGUGGGGCGAUUGCAGAUUCGAAAGCUGGUUACAGAGAAGCAUUUGACUGGUACGACGGUCUGCCUAACAAAUCUGUUUGCCCCCCAUGUCUGUCGAUGUUCUUGGCGCCAGGGGACCUGCGAGUGGCGGCGGAAGAGUACCUCAAUGCAGACAACAAGCCAGUGCACGAAUGGUGGCCAUUGUUUCAGGAGCUAGUUGUGGCCAGCGCGAUCCUACUUGUCGAACGCCGUCUUGAGGGUCAGCAUUCCAUCAUUGGGUCUGAUGGCAAGCAAGCUCUCACGAACAGGAAGUUGCCACCGAGCGUCUCUGCAAACCUCAGACACUGUCAACUAGAAGAAGCAGUACGGCAUGAACUGUUCUGGCACACCUUGGAGACAGAGUGGUAUGGUAGAUCAAUGUGGCCACAACUUCUGUCUCACCGUGUGGGCCCGGUUCAAUUACAGUGCUUGUCGUUGAGUGAGAGGUACGAGAAGCUCUACAUGUACGACGAGGCUGCGUGUUUCCAGCGCGAUGCAAAUCUUGACGCAUGCAUAGUGGGUUGGAAGAAGGCGCUGGCAGACAUCGAGCCAGCCAAACCAUUGCCAUUGACAGAAGCGCAGUCGUGCUUGAUUGAACACUUCAGGUCCUUGCUUUGGCGCGGAUGCGUCUUGUCUGUGCCGCUUUGCGCCGUCGCUGAGGACGACGACCCCGCCAGCACGGCGGCUGCCAUAUUAGAUACAUUGCAGGAACCUCCACCGGCACCACUUGAUGCAUUGGGUGACGACGUGAAGCUUUACGAGGUGGCGCAUCUCAACCCAGGACGCCGAACCUUGGCCAACACUGCGGUGAAGGAGCACAUCCCGUCGACGUGCAUCAGCGUCCGCGAGCUGAAGCCCAUUGGCGUCAUCGAGAAUGGUCGGGUCAACAUUGAGCAGGGCGAGAACGGCGUCCAACUGUUUGAUUUGGGCAAGUGGACUACUCAGCAGAGGUUUCGGCAUAUGUGUUCGAGGGUAUUCUUAUGGCGAUUAGCCCACGAAUCGACCAGCCUCCAUCCAGCGCGUGAUGUCUGUCCAGCCUUGGAGGACGUUCCAGCUGAGGACGAGGAGGAGCUACACGACGAGGGCGCGCCAGUAUUAGACAUUGUCCCACAUGUACCGAUGACGAUGGCAACCCACAUCGAGAGCCUCUCCCAGUUGGCGGCCAUGGAGAAGACGUAUGUGGGCGGCAUACCUAUGUUUGGAAAUCCAAGUCUGGAGACGAUCAGCAAGCACAGUAUAGACGCCCUUCUCCGCUGCGGCAUUCUGGUGAAGCAGGAGAGCGAGUUUGGCGACGAGGUCAUGGACAUUAACUGGCGGAAGGUACGUUGGGAAUCACAUCGGGUUGCAUUUGAUCCUGUUCCAUUUGCCAGACACGUGAAGGAUGCUUGUGGGUUUCGCGAUCUCUCGAAAGUUUCGUUAUGCGUUGCUUUGUUGGACAUGGGCUGGGUACCUAUGAGACGCCCUGACCCGAUAGCAGCAACAGACAAGAUAUUCUGUUAUGAGAACUUGUUCAGGAGCAAGUCUUACUGGCUCGCUCUGCUCAAUGCUAAGGGAAUUCUAGAGGACAAGCACGUGGCAACGAUCUUGCACAACAAGCCAUACGCUUACUAUGAAUGUUUGAUCCAGCUCCCAGAAGAAAAGCUGCGGGCGAUUCUCAACGACCCGAGCUUCCCCCGCUUCACAAACAAGGACUUCAUGAGGUUUUUGAAGGGCGAGGGCAUUGCGAUAGAGCCGAUGGUUGCAAUUGAGGGUGGAGGCGCAGACCCAUUGGCCCUGGCCCUUCACGAGGAUGCCGAAGCAAUCGUCCACGCGCCGAUCAGGCCAGCCAUCCGCCCAAAGCAGCGGAUCUUCGGCAAUGGACUGUUCAAGAUAUUUUUCGAUGGUUGUUCGCACCAGAGCGGUGUUGACGCCAACAUCCCAGGCGAACAACAAUUGACGAACGUCCAUGACACCGUUGAGAACAGAGAUCUGUAUACUGGUAUGCUGGAGGCCAACCACUACUUGUGGAUUGGUCCACCCUCUUCACUCCCUGCCUUGUGGAAGGAGCUGCACAGCGACGCUUACACAUUCUUGCCCAGGAAUUUCUCUGAUGCUCGCUUAGCCAUUCAGAAUCAGUUGAAGCUGAACUUCAACGAGGCUACCAUCUCGUACUGGCACGCUCUCCUACUUGAGGCUGCGCCGAACUACUGCGAGUACAUGUACGCCCUGGAGGACAUCAUCAUGAUGGAGCUGCUGCAGAUGUUCAAGCUCAUGGCUGUUCCUGACCACGAGACCAACUGGAAGUUCGACUUCGUCGAGGGUUUCAGCGGGCGCCAGCGGUUGUCUCAAGCUUUCAGGCGCCAGCGCUUGCACGGCGUCGCUCUGGACAAUCGCUACAAUGACGACCUGGACUUUUCCAAGAAGAAGGGCUUCUUCGCUUUCCUCUGUGCAGCUCGAUGCCUGGUUCCAGGAGGAGAGUUCUGGUGGGGUAUCGAAUGCAAGACCUGGGUAUGGGUGAACAGAGUUACCUAUGGCAGGAGCAAGGAGAACCCUUGGGGAAAAGAAGAUGAGGCAGCAGUGAUUGCGGCCAACAACGUGUCCAAGCACUUUGUCUUCGUGGCGCUGAUUCUCUACUGGGGCCGCCGUCUCUACACAGUGGAGCAGCCAAAAAGCUCGUUGCUGAACUACGUGGACAUCGUCCAGACUCUCUUCGGCGUGCACAGCGUCACGACGGUGAACUGCGACCACGGCUACUUCGACGAUCCUGAUUCCGCGGUCAAGCCGUUGAAGCUCAUGGGGACGGCGCCCUUCAUGUCUCUCAUGCGUGCUACAGUGCCCUUAGCCGAUCGGACCCACAGGGCAAAGCUCACGAUCGAGAAGAGGGGCAAGGCUGCCGACGGCAGCGUCAUCGUGAAGACUCACGGGGUCAAGGAGUUGAUGAGCGACAGCGAGCGCUACUGCGUGGCCUUCGCGGAGGCCAGCGGCCAGCGCCUGCGGCCCUUGCCCGCCGGCUGCGGGCCGCGGGACUCCAGCGCCGCGAUGGCUUGCUCUGCGGGUGCGCCAUGCCGCAUUGCUGAGAAGCUCGUCAUGCACUGCGUGAAGUGCAAGAAGGAGGCCAACGUCACCGACUCCAUCCCGUCUGGCUCGAAAACAACUGAUUCGAGGAUCCACAACGUGUGCAAGCAAGUCGCCAAAGGUGUUUCGGACAGGGUCAAAAAGGACAAGAAGUUCAAGCUUUGGUGGGACAAAGCAUCAGACAAUGAGAAGGCAGAGUAUUUCGAUCGGCAGCGCAGGCGCAGGCAGCCCGGCAGAGGCCAGGCACGAGUAUGGGACGAUUACCAGGUCGAGAACUACCACAAUAAGGAGGAGGGCACUGAGGAUCGCGAGCGCUUCCUCUGGCAGCCGUUCGAGGACUUCGAAACCUUGAAGCUGAUCCGAGGAUGGACGAGCCAGGAGAUCAAGGAUGAGUGGUCCAGGUUGGUCAACGACCCUGCUGUGGGCGCCAAGAAGAUGCACGGCGAGUGGUGCAUCCCGAAGUUCGGCGGCGGCAUCGCCGACCGCGUCAAGAGGGACAUGACUGGCACGAACAGCAAGCGGAGCGCCCAUGCUGCUGAUGCUGAUGCGGCUUCUCAACUUCUUGCUGAAGCGGCAGAGGUCCAGCGCUUGGCAAUGGCGGAACACCAACGCGUCUUGGAAGCCGAGGUCGGUACCGUGACGAACGGAGGGAGGCACAACACCAUGGACACCGAGGUCGCUACUCGCAUGGUGCCUGAACUAGCUCAGCCACUCCAGCGCGAGAUGACGAGCCAGCUGAAGAGGAGGAUGCAGAUCGAGGAGUACGCGAUUCGCGACCUCGAAGGCCUCGGAGCUACUGAUGAUGCUACGGAGGAGACGCAGGGCUGUUUGAAGAAGCCGAAGAAGGAGGCCAGCCUCGAUGCCCAGCGCGCCACCCUGUGGAAUUGGAUGCAGUCGAGAAAGGUGGCCUUGGGCAGCUACAAGAGCAACUUCGGCGUGAGCAAGGACGACGCCACGAGGGAGCUCAACGACGUCGUCAAGAAGGACCUCGGCAGCGACGAGCUGGGCACCAAGGCGAAGGGAUCCGAGGCCAUGGUCUCUGCGUACGAUCGAAUUACCACACUCGUUGAUGACUUCAUCAGAACCUGGCUUACCGAUCGUGGGCCCUUGGAUGCCAUGACGCCAGAGCAGUUGGACCAGCGCAAGAAGCAGGUGACGACCAAGGAGGCCGAGUUGCGCAAGACUCGCUGUAUCCAGGAUUUCAAGGACGCUCUCGGCAUCAGCGUGAAGUGUGUCAAGGACUACAAGAAGAAGCUUAACAAGCAGGGCAGUGCCGACGGCCCCAAGGGUGAGGUAGCGAACGAUCCGCAGUGUGCGAAGUCUUUAUCCCAGGUCGUUGAGAUUCUUGGCGACCAGUUCCAGCAUGGAGUAAGCAACGCGCCAACGGACAUCUGGAAGAACAAGGUCGCGCUGCUCAACAGGGCAACGGUCAAGACGAUGACCGACGACAUGAUGAAGUCGGAACCGUUCAAGAAGCAGUUCCAGUGGAUCGAGAAGCGCAUGAAGAAGGACAAGUCCAACGCGCUCGCCUGCCCCGUGGCGAAGGGACCCAUGGCUACGAACAUAUCCAAGCUGAAGAAGGAGGAGCUGCCGGAGUCAUUCAUCACAUGCUUGCCGCUCGCCAGCGCGGCGAAGGAGUGGGGCCAGGCGCUGUGCGACGACGAGCUGUGCGCCACCAUCGAGGGGGUCUCGUCAGUGAGCCUGGUACCCUACGGCAUCGUGGACGUGAUCGUGGCACUUGCUGGCAUGUGCCAGUUUUUUUUGGCCCCAGUGGAGGGCACGCCUGGCCACGACAUCCCAGAGAAGGUCAGCUUCCUGGAGAAGGGGUCACCAGAUGAUCUUCAGAGGCUCCGCACUUCGCACGGGUUCGCCUGCGUCAUGAUGCGGCCUGGGGAUGUGCUAGCCAUCCCAGCGAACUACUUCGAGCUCACGCAUGUCCCCUUGGGUGUUGGUGGAGACCACGGUGGAGAUUUCUACUUCCUUCGUUGGGGCGCGAGUCCAGAGACGAUCAACGACCCAAACUACACGGCGGUCUGGGACAAGAUCAAGAGUGGAGUGAAAAACAUGUUGGAGUCGUAUCCUAGCCUGGCCAAGGAUCUCCGCUCCGUCGCCCACGUGCUGCUGGAGUCGAAAAAGCUGAGCCUUGUCCCAUCUAG